AUGAGGCCAGUUUCAAUCCUCAUAGCAAUUCUCAUCUCCUCCAAUUCACCCAAUUCACCCCUACUAUUCAUUAUUAUGGCGUCGUACGUAAAAGAUCCAAGCGCGUUGCGGGGUAUUGGAGCAUGGGUCCAGUUCGUUGACGCGCCGCAGACGAACACCUCUCUAAAGGAACUGGAUACCGAGUACACAGAGGUUCCCAAGAUAGAUAGGGACAACAGUAAUUCAAAGAUCAGAGCAUGGGUGUCAAACUUUGACCUGAACUUUUGGCAUGGACCUGAUAAAAUUCUGGACGAUAGAUUAGAUCGUUCGCAUUUUCAAGAUCAGACCUCAAGUGGUGUUAUAGCCCGAGCAUCACCUCCCUCAGAGAAUGAUACGCAGUCGACCAUCUUGGCUCUAAGCUCAGACUACAAUGGUAGCGCGCAAUGA